AUGUUGGCGUUGCGUAACAUUGAGCGCAACAAUGCUCGACAGCUCGACAGCUCGACAGCUCGACAGCUCGAUAGCUCGACAGCUCGACAGCUCGACAGCUCGACAGCUCGACAGCUCGACAGCUCGACAGCUCGACAGCUCGACAGCUCGACAGCUCGACAGCUCGACAGCUCGACAGCUCGACAGCUCGACAGCUCGACAGCUCGACAGCUCGACAGCUCGACAGCUCGACAGCUCGACAGCUCGACAGCUCGACAGCUCGACAGCUCGACAGCUCGACAGCUCGACAGCUCGACAGCUCGACAGCUCGACAGCUCGACAGCUCGACAGCUCGACAGCUCGACAGCUCGACAGCUCGACAGCUCGACAGCUCGACAGCUCGACAGCUCGACAGCUCGACAGCUCGACAGCUCGACAGCUCGACAGCUCGACAGCUCGACAGCUCGACAGCUCGACAGCUCGACAGCUCGACAGCUCGACAGCUCGACAGCUCGACAGCUCGACAGCUCGACAGCUCGACAGCUCGACAGCUCGACAGCUCGACAGCUCGACAGCUCGACAGCUCGACAGCUCGACAGCUCGACAGCUCGACAGCUCGACAGCACGACAGCGAAGCACGCUGUAUCACUCGGGGCGUGCGCCAACAGCUUCCGCCGCUAA